AUGUUGGAUAAGGUACUGGUGUCUGAUGAUUGGCGGGAGAUUGUGCCGGGGGCCAGGCUUGUUAAUAAUCUGAUGCGGAAAUCGGAUCACUCCGCGUUAUUUCUGAGUAUUAAUGACACGUUCCAGGGAGGAGGGCGAGGGAGGAGGGGCUUUCGGUUUGAGAUGGCUUGGAUUUAUGAUGAUGGGUGCAGGAAUGUUGUGGAAAAGUCAUGUGAGGAGGGAAGGCGUGAUGGGGUCCAGGACUGUAUAGUGCAUUGUGGGAACCGGUUAACCAGGUGGGGUGGUGAUCGGUAUCAUAAGUUUGGGGAGAAAAUCAUGCUCCUGCGGAAUCAGCAACUGCGUCUGAGGGGUCGCACUGACUCUACUUCUUUGGCUGAAUUCCAAAGACUGGAAGGACUUCUGUGUAGUAUGGAGGCCCAAGAGGAUGUUUACUGGAAACAGAGAGCUAAGCAACACUGGCUCAAGAAUGCUGACGCAAAUACAAGAUUUUAUCACAGGUACGCCUCUCAUCGUAAGAAGAAGAAUACUAUUUAUAAGCUUAUGAGUGAUAAUGGGGAUUGGUUGGAGGGAAAUGCUAUGAAUGCAAUUAUUUUGGAUUAUUUUACCCAUAUAUUUUCCUCUAGUGGACCUGUGGAUGGUGAUGUGUUAUUCUCUGGGAUAACCCCCCGUGUGACCCGUACUCAGAAUGAAUCCUUAUUACGACCCUUUGAGCUAGCUGAUGUUAAAGAGGCUCUGUUUGCAAUGGCCCCAGACAAGGCACCUGGUCCGGAUGGUAUGAACCCAGGAUUUUACCAGCACUUUUGGGACAUAGUUGGAAGUGAUAUUUCGACAUUUACUCUAAACUGCCUCAAUAAUCGUGUCUUCCCCUCUGGUCUAAACGAUACGGAUGUGGUACUCAUUCCGAAGAAGAAAGUCCCUGAAAUGAUAACGGAUUUUCGCCCUAUAACUCUGAGCAAUGUGAUUUACAGAAUUAUGGCGAAGAUGAUUACGCAAAGAAUGAAACCAUUAAUGGAGAAGAUAAUAUCGGGCUCUCAGAGUGCAUUUAUUCCGGACAGGUUAAUUACUGACAAUAUCCUUGUAGCUGCUGAGGUAGGGCAUUUCUUGAACAGGAAGCAAUGUGGUGUUGUAGGAUGGGGAGCACUUAAAUUGGAUAUGGCCAAAGCCUACGAUCGCAUGGAAUGGCCCUUUCUCCGUGAAAUGUUAUUAGCCCUGGGUUUUGAUAGCAGGGUUGCUAGAGGGGCACCUCCGAUCUCUCACUUAUUUUUUGCAGAUGAUAGCCUACUGUUCUUCAGAGCGAAUACGCAGGAAGCAUCUGAAAUUAGAAAUUGUUUGUUACUAUAUGAGAGUUUCUCUGGCCAAAAGAUAAAUUAUCAUAAAUCCAGCAUUUGUUAUAGCAGAAAUACGGGGCAGAAUGAUAGGGAUAUGGUAGCACAAAUACUAGGUGUUAACCAAGCUCCAAGUUUUGGGAAAUACCUAGGACUACCCUCCUUUGUGGGCAGAAAUAAAAAGGCGACGUUUGCAUAUAUAGAAGAUAAAAUAAGGCAGAGAAUUGGGUCCUGGAAUAAGAGGUUGUUAACCCAGGCUGGGAAGGAGAUCUUAUUAAAAAGUGUGGCCCAGGCAAUGCCAACUUUUUCAAUGAGUGUCUUCCUACUACCUAUAUCUACUUGUACAACUAUUGAGCGGGUUAUGAAUCGGUACUGGUGGGGGUCAGGAACCGAGCGGGGCAUACACUGGAAAGCCUGGGACAGAUUGUGUGUCCCAAAGAAAUAUGGAGGCAUGGGGUUUAAAGACUUAAGGGCAUUUAAUUUGGCAAUGUUGGGAAAACAGGCGUGGAGAUUGCUCACUAACCCAGACUCAUUGGUAGCCAGGGUUUAUAAGGCCAGGUAUUACCCAAAGGAUACUUUCCUAGAGGCAACUAUAGGAAAUAAUCCAAGUUUCUGCUGGCGGAGCAUUAUGGCAGCUAAAGAUUUAAUAUGUGGAGGUGUACGAAAGCGAAUUGGGAACGGGGAAUCUACCUUGAUAUGGGAACACCCUUGGUUACAGGAUGAGAUUGAUCCUAUGAUUCAUACGGAAAUGCCACAACACCUGUCUGGAGCCAAAGUGGUAGGAUUAAUUGAUCAGGAUACAAAAACAUGGGACCCGCACAUACUAGCUGAUAUUUUCCAACCAGAUGAUAUACCUAGAAUUCAGAAAAUACCGGUUGCCCCUGAGUAUGAAGAUAUAUGGUAUUGGUAUGAUGAUCCUAACGGUUAUUAUUCAGUCAAAAGUGGAUAUAGACGAAUAGUUGGAAACUAUGAGAACAAUUCUAAUGGGUUUUUUAGUGAAUGGCUUACCCUAUGGAAACUAAAAAUCCCACCCAAGUGGAAGACAUUCUUAUGGAGGGCUAUUUGUGAUGUCCUCCCUACUACCAAUAAUUUGCUUAUAAAGAGAGUGGAGAUUAACCCGAUUGCAAUCUUGAAUGUUCUAGACUUUGAUGGAAUUAUUUAUGCAGCUGCAAUACUUUAUCAUUUAUGGAGGGCGCGAAACGGUGCAGUGUGGGAUGCCUGCCUACCAACGCCAACCAAGCUAUUAUUGACUGCAACGUCCACGAUGAAGGCGUGGAAAAUGGUUCACCACCGUGCGCCACAGCCGGAACGGGGCCAAGGAACCGCCGCUGCUGCCCAUACCGCCGCUACUGCCCGUACUGCCGACCAGCCUCCGCUGCCGCCUACUGCUGGACCGACUGCCGCUUUUCCACCGCCGCUGCUGCCCGUACUGCCGGACCCGCACCAUGGUGUAUCACCAUCACCGGUAAAAUGCUACAUGGACGCCAGCUACCACCACGGAACGAAUGCCGCUGCUGUUGGGGCGAUCCUCCUCGACGCCAACGGCCAUUAUUUGUCGGCUUUCACCGCCCCAUUGAUUGGAUGCCACUCCCCGCUAUCGGCUGAGGCUAUUGCAUGCAAAGAAGUCUUGUCAUGGCUCAAGAGGCGGGAUGAAUUAUCUAUACAGGUAUUCACGGAUUGCCAAGUGCUACAGUCCUAUCUAUCGGGACCAUCAAUAACACCACGGUCAUACUUGGGCUAUGCUAUCGACAACUGCAGAGCUCAUAUAUCUACUUUUUCGUAUUGCUCAAUUAUUUACAUUCCUAGAUUACAGAAUUCAUUAGCUCAUACUCUAGCUUCUACAGCUUUCACGUUUGAUACUGCUAUGUACUGGGACAAUGUCCCUCCAGACUCUAUUUUACCACUUCUAUAA